GUUGGAAAGAACGUGUUGAAUAGUUUGGGGAGGAUAACAUAAACACUUCUCUUUCUUCUAAUCAUCAUUCAUCCCCAAGUCUCCUUUCCUUUUUCCAAUUAUUCCUCGUUUACCUCCAAAGCUCCGUCAAUGGAUCAAAGACCUCUGGGAUUGCUAACUAUCCACGUCAAAAGAGGGAUUAAUCUCGCCAUCCGCGACCAUCGAAGCAGCGAUCCUUAUAUUGUUAUCACCGUCGCCGACCAGACAUUGAAGACGCGUGUCGUGAAGAAAAACUGCAACCCUGUCUGGAAUGAAGAGAUGACUGUUGCUAUCAAAGAUCCCAAUGUCCCUAUUCGCUUGACAGUGUUUGAUUGGGACAAGUUCACUGGAGAUGACAAAAUGGGAGAUGCAAACUUAGACAUUAAACCUUACUUAGAGUCUCUCAAAAUGGGGAUGGAGCUUUUGAGGCUCCCUAAUGGAUGCGCUAUCAAAAGGGUUCAGCCGUCGAGGGACAAUUGUUUAUCUGAUGAGAGUAGCAUCGUGUGGAACAAUGGUAAGAUCACGCAAGACAUGAUUCUUAGGCUUAACAAUGUAGAGUGUGGUGAGAUUGAGAUCAUGCUUGAAUGGCAUGAAGGUGCUGGUUGCAGAGGUAUUACUUCCAAAGGAGUCGGUGGCUCUUCCUCUACCUGAAAAACAUUUCUUGUCGUAUACCUGUUGAAUGAAUGAUAUAUUGUUGUUGUUGUUUCCAUAUGUAUUAUUAGAUAUUUCUUUGAUGACCAUUUCAUUAGAAGACUUUUUGUAUCUCUUCCAUUUGAAAGUCUUUUGAUUGUUUAUUGCAAUUUCUGUUUUGGGAUAUUUUAGAUUUCAGAUGGGCCAAAAUUUUCAUGCAAGUUAGGCGCAUGUCAUGUGCUUUUUUUUCGUAAGUAUGUCAUGGUCUACAAACAAUGGAUUAAAUAAAAAAAGAAGAAGCAAUUGC